GCGCCAUUUUAGUUCCUGUGGUGUCGGGCAGCAGGCGGAAGUGCCGCCAUCUACUGUCAGCGGCUCCGGUGUAAGCCUUCCCUCCUCCUAGUCCACGGGUGUUACCGGGCUUGGCGCCCUCAUACCACCGUCACAAUGCCGUCCACACCGCUCCGUGUAGCUGUGGUGUGCUCCAGCAACCAAAACCGCAGCAUGGAGGCUCACAAUAUCCUCAGCAAACGGUCCUUCAAUGUCCGAUCAUUUGGAACAGGAACACAUGUCAAACUUCCGGGUCCAGCACCAGACAAGCCAAAUGUAUACGAUUUCAAAACCACAUAUGAACAGAUGUACAAUGAUCUCCUUAAGAAAGACAAAGAACUAUAUACACAGAACGGUAUUCUACACAUGUUGGAUAGAAACAAGAGGAUCAAACCCCGGCCCGAGAGGUUUCAGAACUGCAAGGACCACUUCGACCUGGUGAUUACCUGCGAGGAGAGGGUCUAUGACCAGGUAGUGGAAGACUUGAACUCCAGAGAGCAGGAAACCUGUCAGCCCGUACACGUCAUCAAUGUCGACAUUCAGGACAAUCACGAAGAGGCCACACUAGGAGCUUUCUUAAUAUGUGAACUUUGCCAAUGUAUACAACACACAGACGACAUGGAGAAUGAGAUAGAUGAGCUACUACAGGAGUUUGAAGACAAGAGUGGUCGGACCUUUCUCCAUACUAUCUGCUUCUAUUGACGCAGAUCCACUCAGGCCUUAUUCUAUGAUUGUUAUUAUGUCGCAUUUCCUGGGAUAUCUUUAUUUUUUUUCUUUGAUUUUUAUUUUUUAUUUUUCUUUCCUCCCUAAAAAGUGUUUUCCCUUCAGGUAUUUUGUCCCAAAGGACAGGGAUGUACAAACGUUUGUGUAUAUAUUGGAAAUAUGAUAGACUAUGAAAGAGAUCUAAAAAAAAAAAUAAGAAUCAGGAUUGCCUAAAAUUUGUGCUGGAUGAGUAUUAUUUUAAUCUUUUUAUAUAUACAGUAUAUUCCUUCCCGAUGAGGAAUCUGGUUCUAGUUACUUUGUAACCCUUCACUGUCAGAAGGGAAAGACUUUGAUGGAGCCACUUGUCAGUAGUGGGUUAAUACUGACAUAUAUGGUUGUGAUGCCAGAUCUACAAAUAUGAAUAUUAAUAUCUGUAAAAUAAUAGGUAAUAAAUUGGAACUGUACUCUAA